UGGAAUGCUCCGAGUCGUCCCUGAACGCACCAGCAGCGCGGCGCUCUGAGCUGCGAUGAGCGAAAUUAUCAUCGGAUCCUACAGGCAGGAGGAGGUGGCUGCUGGAUACAGAAAAAAUGGGAAACGCUGAUACUAAACUUCAUUUUAGGAAAGCGGUGAUCCAGCUGACGACCAAAACUCAGCCUGUUGAAGCCACAGACAAUGUGUUCUGGGAUCAGUUCUGGGCCGACUGCUCCAUCGCCGUCCAGGAUGUUUUCGCUCUGGUGCCUGCAGCAGAAAUCCGAGCUGUCAGAGAGGAGUCUCCGUCCAACCUGGCGACCCUCUGCUACAAGGCCGUGGAGAGGCUUGUUCAGUGUGUCGACUCCGGCUGCCCCUCGGAGAAGGAGCGUCAGAUCGUAUUGAACUGCACCCGCCUGCUCACCCGGAUACUGCCAUAUAUUUUUGAAGAUGCCGACUGGAGGGGCUUCUUCUGGUCCACCAUCCCCGGUGCGAAAAGAUCUGGGCAGAGUUUGGAUGAAGAUGCUGAUGAGACUGAAGAUCGGCCACUGGCUGAAUCCCUGCUGCUCGCCAUCGCUGACCUGCUCUUCUGCCCAGAUUUUACCGUCCAGAGUCACAAGAAGAGCAACUCGGAUGCAUUAGAGGAAAUGCGAUCCAUAGACAGCUGUGAGUACAUCUGGGAGUCCGGUGUGGGCUUUGCUCAGUCGCCUUCGCUGAAUUACAUCCAUGACCGAAACAGGACUGAGCUGCUGAAACUGCUUCUCACCUGCUUCUCUGAAGCCAUGUAUCUUUCUCCUUCAUCUGACAGCCAAGUGCUGAACCCCUGGGUCUCUUUCUUCUGUUCUGCAGAAAACAGACAUGCCCUGCCCCUCUUCACAUCCCUGCUAAACGUGGUCUGUUCCUAUGACCCUGUUGGAUACGGCAUCCCUUACAAUCAUCUGCUGUCCUCUGACUACCGGGAGCAGCUAGUAGAGCAGGCACUGCAGGCGCUGAUUGUCACAUUGGAGCACGAAACUGGGUCGCACAUGAGUGCUGCCCUCCAGGCUAUGGAUUGCUCCUCAUCCAAUGCAUCUGAGGAACCAGAGCCAGCUGGACCUGACAACCUCUUUGUCAAUUACCUCUCCAGGAUCCACAGAGAGGAGGAUUUGAGUUUUGUCCUUAGAGGUUUGGCUCAGCUGCUCAACAACCCUCUGAUCCAGACAUACCUUCCUCGAUCAACCAAGAAGAUCCAUUUCCACCAGGAGCUGCUGAUUCUCUUUUGGAAAUUCUGUGAUUUUAACAAGAAAUUCCUGUUCUUCGUCCUAAAAAGCAGUGACGUCUUGGAGAUACUGGUCCCCAUCCUGUUCUACCUGAACGAUGCCAGAGCAGAUCAGUCUCGAGUGGGCCUCAUGCACAUCGGCGUGUUCAUCCUGCUACUGCUUAGUGGAGAGAGAAACUUUGGCGUUCGGCUAAAUAAGCCGUACACACUCCAUGUCCCGAUGGACAUUCCUGUCUUUACAGGAACCCAUGCUGACCUGCUCAUAGUGAUUUUUCACAAAAUAAUCACCUGUGGUCACCAGCGUCUCCAUCCUCUGUUUGACUGCCUGCUCACUAUAAUUGUAAACAUUUCCCCAUACCUAAAGAGCCUGUCCAUGGUGGCUGCUAAUAAGCUGCUCCACCUGCUGGAGGCCUUCUCCACGCCCUGGUUCCUCCUCUCUGCACCUCAGAACCACAACCUAAUCUUCUUCCUGUUAGAGGUCUUCAACAACAUCAUCCAGUAUCAGUUUGAUGGUAACUCCAACCUCGUAUACACCAUCAUCCGUAAAAGGAACGUUUUCCACCAGCUGGCCAAUCUGCCAACGGACGAGGCGUCCAUUCAGAAAACUUUGCAGAAGAAGAAGAAGAAGCCUGGGAUAUCUCGCCUAAACUCUACAGAUGGCGAGUCCAUGGAGGGCUCCAGGCCUGCCGCACCUGCCGAGCCCGGGACACUCAAAGCCAGUUUAGAGGCCACUCCAGGAAUUGAUAAGAUAACAGAGAAAUCUCAGGUAAGCGAGGAUGGAACAAUGAUUGCCGUCCCACAUUCGUGCUCUUCAACAACUGCAUCCCGCCGCCGCACCAUCAAUGGGGCCAGCGACACAGAGUCAAACUCAGAAAGAGACCACGAGGUCUUCAUAGGGUCACAGACAUCAAGAAGUCGAAUGUCAAGCGUCUCGUCCACUGUGGCCUGGACCGCUAAUUCAGACUGGAUGGUGUCAUGGAAAUCUAGACUUCCUCUGCAAACCAUCAUGCGGCUGCUGCAAGUCUUGGUCCCUCAAGUGGAGAAGAUCUGCAUUGACAAGGGUUUAACAGAUGAGUCAGAGAUUCUGAGGUUCCUGCAACAUGGCACACUGGUUGGCCUCCUCCCGGUUCCCCACCCCAUCCUGAUCAGGAAGUACCAGGCAAAUGCCGGCACUGCCAUGUGGUUCCGGACCUACAUGUGGGGAGUCAUCUACCUACUGAAUGUGGAUCCUCCAAUCUGGUACGACACAGACAUAAGGCUGUUUGAGAUUCAGAGGAUUUAGAGGAGCUGCUGACAUUAACCUCAGUAACAAGCUUCUGCGUGAUGAUCUUUCGUCAACUUUCUCAAUGAAAUAAAGCUUCUCUCAACAAGC